CUACGACAUUUGGAAUCGCUUUGCCAAAAUGGCUUGUAAGUAAGGAGUAUGGUCUAUGGGUACUUGCUUUUUACGGUCUUCUUUUUAUGGUUAUCUUACCGGUCGUUGUGUCUAUAGUCUGCUUGAAGGGUGUGUGGUGGUAUAAUUCCAUCAAAUACAAUGUGGAUAAAGUCCUCUUGGAUACUACUCAGCUGUUUUAUUACUUCUUACAUAAGACACCGAAGAUGGAGAUAAACAGAAUGUUGAUGUUAUUGGGAGGAUCAUUUGAGUUUUGGAAACAGUAUAACAAAGACAUCAUCGAGAGAGAGACAGAUGACAUAGAGCUUACUCGGCGCAUGAAAUCCCUUCCAAAUCUUGGUGAAAACAAGAAAGAAAGACCACUGUCUCUUCCUUAUUCACUCAAAGCUCGUAUUCUAAUUCACUCAUAUCUUUCACGAAUACCACUGGACAACGAAGGUCUUGAGUAUGACCAGCGCUAUAUUCUUGCUCGAGUCUUGCGUCUCACUGAGGAAAUGAUUUCCAUGUCACAACAACUUACUUUCUACACGCAGAUCAAAGUUCCCAUAGAAACUCUAGAUAAUCUCCUACGUCUGCAACCCAUGUUUGUGCAAGCCUUGUGGCCCAAGAACAGUCCUUUGCUUCAGCUGCCUCAUAUUACUGACCAUAAUCUUCCCUAUCUCAGAAAGGGGCGUAUAUAUUCAUGUGGAGACCUUGCUGCACUGGACGCUGAAAAAAGAAGAUGUUUACUCAAGUCUUUAUCUGAUGAGCAGUACCGCGAUGUGCUGGUCGUUCUUUCUUCAAUGCCACGUCUUUCUAUUCAAACUGAAAUUCUCGGUAAGUUCUAUGUAACUUCAUAGUU